AUGUCUUCCGAGGACGAUCUCCGCUCUUUCAUUCGUACCUGGGAUGACGGCAAUGGCUCAGCCACUGACGACGACGACGAUUUCGAACGCUCCACCAACCGCCACCGACUCCGCAGCACUGCUAACCUCACCAAGGACGACAUUCAAGAGCUCGGCUUGCCGGAUGAUCACAACGACGGUAGCUCUGCGAUCAAGUCCAAAGAUGAGUCGCCCAAAGAUAAGUCGCGUAUACGUGUACGCCGUAUGAUGGAAGAGAAAAUCGAUCCCACCAAGAUGACCAAGAUCGAGUGGACCAGCGUUUGGGCUGCUUAUACUGAAGCUUGGACCGACCCCGAGUUCGAGUUUGUCUUAGAACACACCUCUCCAAAAGCCCCCAAGGGUAUGGAGAAUUUGCUACCCCGACAGCCCAUUCCACAUCCGUGGAAGUCUCCUGCUGCGUUAGUCGAGGCGGCAGCCGAGUAUCGCGACCUUUUCGGUUACACUCCGCCUGCCGAGAAGAAGAAAACUCUCCAGAAGACGACCACAGCCCAGGUUACAGCCGCCUUAGCUGAGAAGAACAAGCAGAAGCUCGCCCAAGCCAACUCCGUCCAGAAGACUCAUACCGUGCCCAUCCAGAGCAAGACCCUCUUAACUAAGAAGAACAAGCAAACCCACUAUCUCACUCCCGCCCCCGCCGCGAAGAAGGGAGUCGACUUUAUCUAG